UUUCCAAUGGAUUCUCGCAAAAGAAAGCGUACAACAAUGCGUUCCGAGGCAGAAGAUCACUGUUCUUCAACUAGUAGUUCAGGUUGUAAUUCUGCAUUGAUUGAUAAACCAACGAGAUCAACUUCUUCAAGUCAUUAUAUUCCCAGAGAAAUAGGGGAUUGGACAUCGAAAGUAAUAGAAAAUCUCCAUGUCGGAUUGAAUUGGAUGGAUCCUUAUUGUUGGCGGGACAGCAUCGAUGAAUUCCUUGACACGUUUAUUAAUAUUUCUGCAGAUCUACCGUCUCUGAAUACAGAUUUAACGAAAAUCGAACAAUAUUUGGAGAGUGUCUUGACAUUUGACACAUCCAUAAAUGAGCUUGAAUUAGAAAAUCAUGUCAAAAUAAGACAGUAUCUUUCAGACAAUUUUCAUCUAGACGUUAACGAUGCUGAUGAUGAGUUAAUGAAAAACAUAGAAAGUGAUUCAAGAAUUUUGUUUAAUCACGUUGAAGCAGGAAGACAGGACUUUCUAAGCGAUUUAAAGGAAAUAUUGUAUGACCUCUUGUUAACAUCAAGAACAGUAGAAAAAGUCAGAUUUACUACCAUGUUGGAGAAGUUCUGCAGAAUGUGUUGCUUUAAAGGAAGUUUAGGGUUGAUUUCAGAAACCACAAUAAAUGAUGUACGUGUUGUUGGUGUUCCCGAUAUAACCUUUAGAAUUUCAUCACAUCAAUUGCCAGAUAUAGUACAGAUAAUGACAAUUGCAGAGUUUAAUCAGGUAAUUCCAGUCUCUGCCGAGAAUGAAACUUCACAGAUGGUGGACAUAACAAAGAUUAAAGGAUUAUAUAAACAUAUUGGACAGCUUAUUAUUGGAUUAGCAAAUUCAUGUUUUAAAAAGGAGUGUCUUGGCAUUUUACUGCAUGAAACAAAGAUUAUGUUGACCUGUCUGUCUGCAUCUCCUAGAUACUGUACUCAUAUCAAAGGUCAUCUAAACUUGGACGAUAAAGCAACACUACAUUUCAUUGGACCAUAUGAUAUUUUAAAGGCAGGAGAUAGGAGUCAACUGAUAAAAGCUUUUAUUCGUUUGGGGAACAGACAGAGGUUAGGAAACCCUUCUGUAUAUUGAAAAUAUUAUGAUUACUAUGGAUAUUUCAAAGUGCAAGUAUUUCUCAGUUUCGCAACAUAUAAAGGAAAUGAAACCACCAGUGUAUGAACUAUAGUUAUGGAACGUUUAAAGACAAACUUUGAGUAAUUGAAGAAAUAAGUGGUGCAAUUUCCUGGAACGUGUAAAUUAUUUAUAUUUGAAGUUGAAUGACAGGAAUUGUAAUUAUCAGGGAUAUAUCCACCACCAUUGUAAUUAUCAGGGAUAUAUCCACCACCAUUGUAAUUAUCAGGGAUAUAUCCACCACCAUUGUAAUUAUCAGGGAUAUAUCCACCACCAUUGUAAUGGUUGUACAAUGUGUACACAGUUGUACGAAAUGUUUCAGGCUUAAAAGGACAAAGUGAUAGUAAGGCCUUAUGUCCAAAGAAGAUAUACAUUAAACAAAAAUGUUGAACUAUGUUGAAUAACAUUAAAAAUAUAUAUAUAAAGUUCUAAUCAUUCUGCUCUGUAUUUUAUUUCAUCAUAACUUACAGAACAAUGUAAAUGUUCUCCCUAUUAUCAGAACCUACUAUUUUAAUUAUUCUGAAAAUCAGAAAGUUGUUGGAGUUUGUCAUGUGAAAACAUUCGUCUCCAUAUAUCAGUAUGAAUAGGAAAUUUAGACGGUGGGAUGAGAGAUUGUUUGUCCUGUAUUGCUAUUUGCAUUUAUUAUUAUGGUCUUUUCACUACUGGUCUACUUGGUCCUAGCUAUAGACAAAAAAAUCACACAAUUAUACACAUCUUUGUUCUUUUUAAAUAGUUAUCUCCAUGGUAGCCAUACCAUUCUUUUUUUUAAUAAAGACAAUUGCCUCAUUGGCACUCAUA